AUGGCUGACGUACCAGAAGAAAACCAAGAAGAGCUCGCGCUCACAACGACAAGCAAUGAUGUGGCGGAGCCUGCGGUCAGAAAAGUGAAGAAGAUCAUCAGGAGGAAGAAGCGCCCAGCGCGACCGCAAAUCGAUCCCGCUCUCAUCAAGUCGGAACCACCACCACAGACUGGAACCAUCUUCAACAUCUGGUACAAUAAAUGGUCUGGAGGCGAUCGCGAGGACAAAUAUGCUUCACAGAAGGCGGCAAAAGGAAGAUGCAACAUCGCGAAGGACACCGGAUACACCAAGGCGGACAAGGUGCCCGGCUCCUACUUCUGCCUCUUCUUUGCGCGAGGAAUAUGGCAAGAUUGCGAAUACUUGCACCGCUUACCCACGAUCCACGACCUCUUCAACCCCAACGUCGACUGCUUCGGCCGAGACAAAUUCAGCGACUACCGCGAUGACAUGGGCGGAGUGGGCUCAUUCAUGCGGCAAAAUCGCACCAUAUAUGUCGGACGAAUUCAUGUCAGCGACGACAUCGAGGAGAUCGUGGCGCGCCACUUCGCCGAAUGGGGAGAGGUCGAGCGUGUCAGAGUUCUGAACACGAGGGGCGUCGCUUUUAUCACGUAUUCAAAUGAGGCCAAUGCCCAGUUCGCGAAGGAGUCAAUGGCCCAUCAGAGCUUAGACCACAGCGAGAUCCUGAACGUACGAUGGGCAACAGCCGAUCCCAAUCCGAUGGCACAGGCAAGAGAGGCGAGGAGAAUCGAGGAGCAAGCCGCGGAGGCGAUUCGACGCGCGCUGCCGGAGGAGUUCGUUGCCGAGAUAGAGGGCAGAGAUCCGGAGGCGAGAAAGCGCAGGAAGCUGGAAAGCAGUUACGGCUUGGAAGGCUAUGAGGCGCCGGAUGAAGUGCACUUUGCCAGGGGAGAGAAUGCUGUCAACCCGAGGGCAAGGGCAGGUAAUGGCGAGGAAAUGGGAUUGGAGGAGGAGCAACGCUUCAUGCUUGAGAGCGGAGAGGCUGAGGCGCAGGCUGCGGCAGAUCAGACCCAGAGGCAACUCGAGGAGAACGGGAUCUUCUCGAGCAGCACGCUGGCAGCUCUGAACUCUGCCCAGGUGGCAGUUGCGUCCAAGGAAAAGAAAGCAUCAACAGGCCCUUUAGUUGCGUAUGACAGCGACGAUGAUAGCGACUAG